AAUUAGAUGUAUCUUAAAAAUUAUGUGUUUGCUAGAUCCCCCCGUCUUUUUAAAGCAGUUGGUUGCAUCUGUUGCCGCUGUGUGUUGCUCUUCUUCCUGAAAGACACUUGGCUCGGAGCUGCUGAUGUCGCCGUGGAGAACCUGAGACAAUAACUUGAAAUCCCAAGAUUCCCAAAGGUCUCGUCAGUCAACUCCUACAUGGCAGUGAGCCACUCUCUUACACAUUAAACCAAGUAUUCUCAGAACAUUGCACUCUUAGAUGCCGCUCUGCCUCUGUCUUUGCAAAUGGCUUGCUGUCUGAAGGACGAGCUCCUCUGUUCCAUCUGCCUCAGCAUCUACCAGGAUCCCGUCAGCUUUGGCUGCGAGCACUACUUCUGCCGCAAGUGCAUUACUGAGCACUGGAGCAGACAGGAGCCUCACGGAGCGCGGGACUGUCCCGAGUGCCGUAGGACCUUCACUGAUCCUCUCCUUUCGCCCAGUCUCAAGUUAUCCAACAUUGUGGAGCGCUACUCGGCCUUCCCUCUGGACGCCAUCCUCAACGCUCAGAGGAGCUCGUACCCUUGCAAGGACCACGAGAAGGUCAAGCUCUUCUGCCUCACUGACAAAAGUUUGGUUUGCUUCUUCUGUGACGAGCCGGCGCUACACGAGCAGCACCAAGUGACAACCAUCGACGAGGCGUACGAGGAGAUACAGAGGGAGAUGAAGGAGCAGCUGGCCACCCUGCAGGACAGUGAGAAGGGACACACAGAGGCUCUCCAGCUACUGCAGAGACAACUCACUGAGACCAAGUCCUCAGCUAAGAGUCUGCGUGCGACCAUCGGCGAUGCAUUUGAGCGCCUUCACCGCUUCCUGCGUGAGCGCCAGAAGAGCAUGCUGGAGGAGCUCGAGAUGGACACGGCCCGAAAGCUGGCCGACAUCGAGCACAAGAUCCAGCGCUACAGCCAGCAGCUGCGCGACGUCAAGGAGGGGAUCCAGAUCCUGCAGGAGCGCCUCAACGAGACGGGGCGACACGACUUCCUGGAGGGUGUGGCCGUCACUUCUGAGAGGUGCUUCACCUGCUCCGCGUUCGCUGAAACAGCCCCAGUAUCAUCACUGCAGGCCAAUCAGAAAAUGCGGUUGAUUAAAGGGAAGAUACAUGAGACCAAUCUGACGUACGAGGACUUCCCGACAUCCAAGUACAUGGGGCCCUUACAGUACACAAUAUGGAAAUCACUCUUCCAGGACAUUUCACCAGUGCCGGCCGCUUUGACCCUCGACCCCAUCACCGCCCACCAAAGACUGAUCCUCUCGGACGACUGCACCAUCGUGGCCUACGGGAAUCUGCACCCGCAGCCUCUGCAGGAUUCCCCGCGCCGCUUUGACGUGGAAGUGUCUGUCCUGGGCGCAGAGGGCUUCGUGUCCGGCGUUCACUACUGGGAGGUGAUGGUGUCGGAGAAGACGCAGUGGAUGAUCGGCGUGGCCAACGAGACAGUCAGCCGCAAAGGCAGCAUCCAGAUCCAGCCGAGCCGCGGCUUCUACUGCAUCGUCAUGCACGACGGGAACCAGUACAGCGCCUGCACCGAGCCCUGGACCCGCCUCAACGUCAAGAGCAAGCUAGAGAAGGUGGGGGUGUACCUGGACUACCCCAAAGGCCUGCUCAUCUUCUACAACGCGGACGACAUGUCCUGGCUCUACACCUACCGAGAGAAAUUCCCCGCUAAGGUCUUCCCCUACUUCAGCCCCGGCCAGAGCCACGCCAACGGCAAGAAUGUGCAGCCGCUGCGAAUCAACACUGUGCGCCUUUAAGAGCUACACGUACCUGGGGCGGUCUGUCCUGGCAGACGAAUCCAUCAUAGAUUAAUUGAAUUGUGUGUUGCAAAAGCUGUUCAAGAAAUAAGUUUAAUAGGGUGUUUGAAAUGUUCCUUUCUUUUUGUUCGGUGUUAGGAAUUGUUCUUGAUGUUGCUCUUAAAACGUGCGCUGGUUUUCUGUACUUUUCUGUUUUUGGACUCGGAACAAACACGGCCUGCACACGAGCCUCGUUCUGAAAAGAUGACACUAAAUGGGGACAGGGGGACACCUGGGCUCCUCUGGGGUCUGUGGCAGCAGUGAAGACGAAAAGAAAAAAAGAAAAAAUAGUCCCUCCCUUUUAGCGUUACUGUCCACCUUGCACACUCCCAGGGGACCACUGCUCUCCGUAUGAGGCCCCGCUCCUCCUCGACGUCUCCUCUCCCUGUCCAAGUGGACGGUGAAGACCGGUUACCAGUCCUCUCCGUGCUGUACAGUCGGCUUAGCUUUGUUCGUGGAAUGUGAUUGACAGCGCUCGGCUUUUGGUUGGCCAGAGAUUGGCUCUGAACUCCUCUUCUGUUGGCACUUUUCUUUUUACUUGUUUCUGAGAUUUUAGAUUCUCCCGGAGGUCAUGUGCAAAUGUGUCUGUACAGUGUUUAUCAUUGCAAGGACAUCUCCUGUUCUUUGUGCACCAGCGAUUAUCCAUGUCACCUUCAGAAUGAAUGGAAAAAAAUAGAAUACAGUCGGCCCGUCUCUGUUCAGGGUGGAGGUGGGCGGACUGUCUGCGUAGAGGGGCUGGUCGUGCAGAAACAUGCUGCUAUUGGUGGAGUAAGGACUUUUAAGUUUGUAUAUAUAAUAUCAGAUAUCUUCAUGCCCGCCCAACGUUCUUCCACAUUAGUGUUGCAUUCAAAUACAUUUCUGCUUCCAGUCAUGAGGUUUAAUCAUUUUGUCUUAAUAUCAAAUGAAAAUCAGAGCAGAGACGUGUGCUUGUCAACGUGUACGAUGUGAAAUUCUAAAGAUUCAAAGAUCGGCUCUCGCUCACGGAGACCAGCUGUUGCUUCUCAUUUGAAACAAUUUAAAUGUAAAUUAAACUGAGCCGUAUGUUCGGAGGAAUCAAAUAAACCGUUGAUCAGCGGAUGAACUCGAGCACUAAAAUGCUUUCUCUCUCGCGACUGGCAUCUCCCAAGACUGCUGCUGUGUUACGUAACUAGAACACCGGUGAUAAGUCCUCUGAGGCUCCGACAUGUCGAUGUCUUGGCCCCUCAAGUGCUCUUGUUUUUCAUUAAUUGUACACAAGUCCUGAGGAUUCUGCUUAUGUCCCUCGGCCAAGUCCAGCGUACUGAGAAACACAUCUGUGGUUGGGCGGGAAAGUGCACAAGUGUUUAAUUUUUUAUUUUUUUUGCAGCCUGGUUCAGCUGUAAUUUCAAAUCCAGCUUUGGUUGUGGCUGAUAAACCUCCGAGACAUUCCCAUGCAGUGGCCAACAGUGAAUACUUUGGGAUCAGAUUUUUCCUCUUUGGGAAAUAAAUAUAUAUAAAUGAACAAGCUAAAAAAAAAAAAAAAACACUACAACCUCCUUUUGCCACUGUAUUUUCCUGCCUUUGUGUGUGUGUGUGUGUCGUCUGUGUUGUCCAUUGAAAAGAAAAUUGGGGCAGUGCCCUUGUUUUCGUAGGAAGUGAUUCAAGUAUGUGCAGUAAGAUGCAAACUAGGGUCAAAUUGUGAGCAAAAUUAUUCCUGGCGUUUGUCUUAGCUUGCACAGAUCUGCAGGGGCCUGUGAGUUAUCCAGAAGUUAUCUGAACAAUGCUGCUCACGGGCAAACGAGAGAACACGUCGCUCAGCAACAUUUUAGGUUCAGACGAUCGGGACCGUGUUCAAGUCGAUGUAUCUUAAAAUAAAACCCGGCUGCAGGUUGAAACUGAACUUGACCCCAGUUUGCUUUGAGCUUUCGUAAAGAAUUUGAAUAUUCAGAAGGAGAUUAUUGCGAGGCGGUGUUGGGUAACGGCGAUGGAUGGUGGUGAGACAAAUGAUUAAAAAUGAUUCUAAUGACUAUGACACUUUUAAUGGUUAUAAUGAUGAUUGUGUCUUCUGAUGAUGGCGACUGCGCACCCAUCAUUGUGUGAACACACUCUAGUGUGCUUUUGCUGCUGGAGGUUUGUGUGAAAUGUUUUAAUGUACAAUAAAGGACUUUGAAAAUCA